AUGAUGGAUUCAAUUGUUGAAUUUGCCAUCAACUGCCUAGUCAACCUGCAUCCACUGGCCUCCUACACCUACCUCUCUCUGGGCUUCUAUUUCCACCUCAACAAUGGCAUGGGCCACUUCUUCUGUGAGUUGACAGAGGAGAAUCUCGAGGGUGCCAAGCAUCUCUUGAAGAUGGAAAACCAGCUCGGUGGUCAUAUUCUCUUCCAGGACGAGCAGAAGCCUUCCCAAGAUGAGUGGGGCAAAACUCAGGAUGCCAUGGAAGCUGCCAUGGUCACGGAGAGGAAUCUGAAGCAGGCCCGUUGGUAUCUGCAUGCCCUGGAUUCUACCUACAAAGACCCUGAUCUCUGCGACUUCCUGGAUAACUGCUUCCUGGCUGAGGAGGUGAAACUCAUCAAAAAGAUGGGCAACCACCUGACUCACCUCCAGAGUCUGGCUGGCCCCCAGGCUGGGCUGGGUUCAUGCUUUUGA